CUAUCAAGUGAAAGAGCUCAAUCAGCCAGAUUAUCAUCAAACAGAAACUAGAUCAGUCAGCACAAACUUUGUGGGUCACCAUUAAAUCCAAAAACAGCACCAAGCCAUUGCCAGCCACAAGUCUGAUCCUAAUAAGAGAACCAACAACAGCAGAGAAUCACAAGACCAAUAGGAGAAGAGCUCAAUCUGCCCCAACCUUAUCCAAUCCCCUUCCACAUCAGCAAUCACCAAGGCUCCUGGCUUCCACACACUACACAAAAGUUCCCCAAUUCUUCCCAUAAGCUGAAAUAGCAAGAAAACCACCCACAAGAGAGAAAAAAAGCUCUCAACCAAAUUCCACCACCAUCACCAUUACCAUCCAUGGCUGCUUCAAUGAUGAGCUCCUCUUCAAGUGUUCUUGCCUGCAACUACGCAGCCACUUCUGAUCUAGGCAAUGCCACCAGAAACUUGCAGCAGCAAUCUUCUUCCUCCACAGUUAAGUUCCCAGUGAUCAGAGCCCAGCAACAGCAAGCUGGAGAGAAUCAGGGUGCUGCUGCUGCUGGAAAUGGAAGGAGAGCUGCAAUGGGGAUUCUUGCAGCUACCCUCUUCGCAACUGCUUCUUCUGCUAACGCUGGAGUCAUCGAGGAUUACCUCGAGAAGAGCAAAACCAACAAGGAGCUGAACGACAAGAAGAGGCUGGCAACAAGUGGAGCAAACUUUGCCAGGGCAUUCACAGUGCAGUUUGGGUCCUGCAAGUUCCCUGAGAACUUCACUGGCUGCCAAGACCUUGCUAAGCAGAAGAAAGUGCCAUUCAUUUCUGAUGACUUGGAUCUGGAGUGCAAAGGGAAAGACAAGUACAAGUGUGGUUCCAAUGUUUUCUGGAAAUGGUGAUCAUCAUCAUCAUAUAUAAGUUAGUUUAUUUAUGAGAAUGUGAUUGAAAAAUUCCGCCUUCUGUUAAUCAAUGUUCUUAAUCCUUCCCCCUCCCAAACCUUAAUUCCCUUCUGAAAAAAAAAAAGUGUGUAUCUAAAUCAAACUAUCGUUGGAAUUAAGAGUUAUCUUCAAUGUUUGUGAUAUCGUCUUAUGAGAUGCAAAUAGGUAGGGCAACCAUGAGCAAUGCAUUCCAUGAAAUAGGGGAAGCUGUCAAAGCUUUAAAAAAUGACAAAUAUAGUCAUAACUUUUUUACAUGUAAUCUCUCGAUUAGGAUAAAAGUUCGAACCAAUAGCAGGUUGAAUGUUCUGCAUUAUUAGUAUUAUUUUGGUUACUUACAGGACAUCAACCUUCACUACUCAUGAUCUGUGUGGAGACGAUUAUGAGAUUUGAGAGUAUUGUUGGGCAGAAGGCGGAUUUCCAAAUACACAGUAAAAUUCCACCCCCAAGAUGCUGGAAAGCACGUCCAACGCUCAUGCUGCUACUGUUAUGUGUUAUCUAGAUACUUACUUAUUAAAGUAACAACAUGAUUACGGUUGCAUAAGAGUUAGACUAAAGUGUCCUACUGUCAUUUUCCUCCCUAACCUACCAUCUAAUCAUCAACACGUGCUGAUAUAUGUAGUGGACAAAUCUCUCCUCCUUCUCCUAUCAAGAACAUAAUGAAAUCUCCGCCUCUCGCCUUCUUUCAUAAUGACAAUUACUCCUCUUCUUGGCCUGUAUUUUUUCUUUUAGGAUGCAAAGGGUCGGGAGAAUAAUGCAUAUCCGUUACUUUACCCAAAAUAUAAAAUACUUUGGGUUUUACUAAUAUCCAUACCCACAUAAGAAUCGGGUAGAAAAUAAAAACUAUGUCCAUAAUCGUUCGGGUUUCACGUAUCCAACGUUACCCAUAGGCAAUAAUUACUCUUUAUAACUCCAAGCAACAUGUUACUAUUCACACGUAUACUCACAUUAUAUAAGUUGAAAAGUAUGACAAUAAUUCACCGGAACAAAGAAAAAUUAAUCUCAAUCAACACAAUGUCAUGAAUUGUUAUAUUGGUAUGGUAAAUAUAAAAUAUGUGGAUAAAAAUAAUGAUCAUUUCUAGACAAAAUACAUAUGAAUGUGUAUAAUCAGGCGGUUUCAGGUUGGAUAGUGAGAAAAUCAUGCCCACCCAUUACCAUCAAUAUUCAGAUUCGGGUUUUUCCCGGACCCACUGAAAAUCAUUCAGGUUCGAGUUUUACCCUGCCCACUUAGGUCAUAUUCGGGUGGAUAUCCACGGUUACAGAUACUUUUGUCAUUUCUUUUCUUUUUUGUAUUUCGUCUUUCAUCGUCGAUCAAAUUAGGAGAAACAACAAUCAGAUAUUUUAGACCUUCAUAAAAAGAGAAAAAAAUAUAAUAUAAGCAUUACAUAUAAUUAUUGAAUGAAAAAAGAAUAUAACUAAUUGUCAUUCAUUACUUAAUUAAACCAUAUAGUUGAAUAUUAUAGUUGCUUCUUAUAGUACAUAUAUAAUCAACCUUUAGGAUGAAAGAAAAUGUCUCAUAGAGUUUAGUAUGUCUUUUAAGUUUUUCACAAUAGAGAGCAUUUUUUUUUACCACACUGUUGAUAAUGAAUCUGAAGCUGCUUGAUUAUAUAUAUAAAAGACAUGAUGCUAAGUUGUCGCUAAUAGUUAGUUGGACAAUGUGUUGUGUACGGACUUCCCAAAUUAUUCUCAGAUCGCAAACAUGUCUAGCAACAAUUUAGUAAUUUUCAUGCGGCAAAUAUAUUUUCAUGAAAUAAUUCAAUAAAUAAAAAAGUAUGAAAAUAAUAUUACAUGAAUAUAUGUUAGUCAUUAAGUUGAUGAAUGAGCGAGCGUAUGAGUAGCAUACAUUUAUUUUAAAAAUAUAAAAGUUGCAAAGUGUCUUUUAGGUUGCAUGAAAUCGCAUAUUCUCAUUAUCGCUAACUGACUUAUGCUUUUUUGCAAUAGAUAGUUCAAAAUGUG